AUGCAAUUACCAUUCGAAAGUGCUCCAACUAAAUCUAAGACGAAAAUUGUCAAGACUCAGCAAGAUCAACGUCCACCUACAAAAUACGCUUACAGAGGUGAAAGAACAGAUUUUAUCAUAUUCGUUCGUUCCGAAGAUGCCGUUAAGCAAUAUCUAGAAAAGCCAGAUAUAAGUGACCUAUCAAAAGUCGUGGAAGUCUUCCAAAUCUUUGUUAACAGAGAAGCCAAAGGUACUACUGGUGAAUUAGGUGAAGCUUCUUCUGCACAACUUCAAAAUGAAUUCGGUGACUAUAAGAAGGAGGAAGAAGUCAUUGAUUUGAUCUUAAAGAAAGGUGAAAGUCUUGGUCCUGAAAAUAAAUUGAGAGGUAAUUACAGAAAUGAUACUAGAAGUUAA